AUGAUGAAAUAUAAGGACAUCGUACCAAUUGGUACUGUUUUAAUCAUUGCUGCUACCUCAUUUGGUCUUGGUGCAAUCUAUGGAAACUGGCCAUAUGAUAUAAACACAUUAUGGCGUGCCACUGACCCCAAUGGAUUCAGUAAAUCCCUCGUUCAUUAUCAAACUUGGGCAAAUGCACCAAUGUACAUUCACUACGUUUUACACGCAGUGGGGUUUCUUGGUCUUGUUGGCCAUUUCAUCAAACUUUAUAAACCUGAUGAAGAAGCCAAAUAUUUCGAGUAUGGAUCAUUGGCGCUAUUUAUGAUUGCUAUUGUUAUAUAUUUAACCAAUUUGAGAACUGGUAUUAAUGCUGCUAUUACUGGGGAAUGGGGAGAAGUUGAUUCAGCCACUGGGAUUAAUGUUAUUGCGGCUUCUCAAGUGAUGAUUAUUUUGGUACUUGUUGGUGUUUUGGUGUUACAAGGUGGAUUAUAUUAUGCACAAUGGUAUGAUGAAGAAUUGAAGAAGGAAUUUUACGAGAAUGAAGCUAGAGAUGCUGCUUCAGCUGCUGAACGUCAAGCUAAGCAAGAAGAGGAUAUUAUUGCUGGUGAUAGUGCUAAUGUUGAAAUUAUUGCUGAAAAUGAUGGGACUGCUAUUGACACCAAGGGAAAGAAGAAGAAGAAUACGGUAAAGAAGAGAAAGUCAUAG